AUGGGAGACUCUUCAGAUUCUGAAAUAGAAUUUUGUCAGAAUAAUAACAACAGAGCUUUGAAUGAUGAAAGGCAAGGUGAUGAAGCGCCACAUCAUCAUAUUGAAACUGAAAGAGCUGAUUCUCCAUUGGAUUACUAUCGCAGCCUGGUUGAGGCCUUGCGAAAUAGAUUUACUAACAAGUAUGAUCAACCAGUGUGGGUAUCUUCUCUGAAAGCAAGAAAACGAGGUUCAACAGAAUCUAUUGCGUCUUUUGCAGAUGCUCUCUCCGAACUUGCACGCAAGGCAUUUUCUGAUCUGAGUUACAAUGCACAGGAGCAAAUGGCUUUAGAUCAAUUGUACAAUAACCUGUGUCCUGAGCUUCAUUAUGUCAUAUGUAAACCAAGCGAGGCUUCUACCCAGCCCACCCUUGAUAAACAUUUGAUAUUUAAUGCAAAUCCUGAUGAGUUGAAGCAUAUAUUGAAGAGUGUCUCUGAUAAAUUAGAUAGUUUGGCAUCACAAGAAUACAUUGAAUCAAAAUUUAAAUUAAUGAUUACUGAGGAUCUGCUUGGUAAGAAGCUCAAAGACCUAGAAAAAGUAAUUAAACUCCAAGUGCAGAAGGAACUAGAUAAUAUACAUAAAGAAGUGAAGGUAGUAAGUGAUAGGGUUAAGUCAAUAGAAGAUGUAGUAGAAACUCUGAGAAAUAAAGUAUCAGAUUUAGAAGUAAAAACCGAUCAACUGCAGGAAGGAAACCAUCAGUUACUACAUAAAAACAAAACGCUUCAAGAGCAAAUAGAUGAAAGGGAAGUUAAAGUUAAAUCAUUGGAAGAAAAGAACAAUCAUCUAGAACAGUAUACGCGAUGUAACAGCGUCAGAAUUUACGGAGUUGCAGACGAUGUCAGUGAAAACUACAAGGACACAUGUAAGAAGGUAAUUUCAAUUAUUUCCGAUAAGCUACAUAUAAAAGUCGGAAAUGGAGACUUUGACAUCACACAUAGGAUCGGGAAGUUCCGUAGUGAUGGGAACAGGCCCAUCAUAUGUAAGUUUGUACAGAGAUAUCUCAAACAUGAAGUAUUGAAAGCUCGCAGACAACUUAAGGGUUCGUUCAUCGUCAUAAGAGAAGACCUCACACGGGUCAACGCAAAACUUCUGGAAAACACCUCCGCACACGAUCAGGUAAAGGCUGCCUGGAGCGAUGAAGGCAGAAUCGUGGCAUUACUGAAAAACAAUAAAAAACUAGUGGUAUCUCGUCUAAGUGAUCUGGAUAAAGUGCCCGUCGGGUCCUCAGGAACUGUGAUACCAAGCACGGAAUCUUAAUUAAGUGACUUUGUGUGGUUUGGUAACUAUUCAUACAUAGACUGAUAGAUAUAGCACUAAUGUUUACAUUUAUUUGACUAAUAUUUUGUUGGGAAAAUGUUCAAAAUUGUGUAGUUUUCAUAUAUAGAUAUAUAUACUGUUAACUAUUUUUUGUUUAAAUUUAUUUUUUGACUUUCUAUCAAACAUGAAUUACUAUCAAACUAUGCUUUACUGUGCCUCUUUACCCUAGGAAGAAUACGUGAACAUUAAUUGUUUCUAUUAAAAUAUUGUUUACAUUAAACAUGUGCGGUAGUGUUUACUUGUAUACGGCCCCUCUUGGGUAAUUUCACUUUCGAUACCGUGAUUGGAUUGUUUACAUUAAACACGUGCGUAAGCACGUGGUAGUGUUUAUUUUUAUACUGAGCCUGUUGGGUAAUUUCACUUACUAUACUGUGAUUGGCUGAUGCGCAGUGCGCAAACAGCGCCACCUGAUAAAAUGGCUGCACCCAUGCCAAAUUUUACCUGUCAAGAAUUAUAAACUGUUGUUCACAACACCAAAGCUGGGAGAUAUUACGGUAUGAAAACUUAAGUAAAAUGCAAACCUCUUAAUUGAAAAACACACGUAGAAAUGUUUUCUUUAUAAAGUUUAAAAGUAGAUUUGAUGUUCUUUCGUAUAUUUGUUUUGAUGAGUCAGUUCGUCCUUUCGCCGUUUCGGUACAUGUAUAUAUUUAUAAUUACUGGGAUACAUUAAAACUAAGUUAUUUUAAUCCCAGAUAAUAGAAAAAAAAGUAGUAUGAUUACGUUUUGAAAGCGGUUCUUUGUGGUCUGGUUCUUAUUUUUUUCAGUGAAACGUGAACUGUGUAAGAUAUGAAUCUAAUGUGAAUGGGCAGAGGCACAGGGAAAAUGGUCAAAACACAGUAAAUCAAUGAGUAUGUUGUUUACUUUUUACUGUUUAUUUUCUUUUUGGAAUGUAAAGUUAUACUCUAUGUACUGGUAUUUGUAUUGUUGUUAUAUAAACUUAUUGAAAAUACCUGGAAAUGGUAUAACACAUACAGUAUAUAUAUGUUUCCUACAUUAUAUUUAUAAACUUUUUCACUCUUUUUUUUUGUAAAAGCACAAUCCUUUUAUAUAUGAAUAGGCACAUUUACUGCCCCCUAGUGAAAUGGAGAAUAUAUUACAGCUUAAAUUUAAUUUAAAGCCCUCUUCUUCAACAUGCCGAUCGAUUCAUAUAAAAAUUACAAACUAAUGGAUAAUAUAAGGUUUUUGGUGGAUGACCCAUUAAGUUUUUGGGUGAGACCCUACAUUUUUAAAGGUUUUUAUUUAAAUACUCUAUAUAUCUAUCAAGAAGUUUUACCUGUUCUCAUAAAAUAUCAGACAAUUAUAUUUUCUUUUUCACAUGUUUUUAGACAAUUUUUUCAUGAUUUAGAUAGCCAUGACAAAUAAUGUGUCAGUGAUUUCUAUGAAUGUUCAAUGCCUAGGCGACAGAGCUAAACGUAGAGAUGUUAUUAAUUUCUUAAAAAGUAAAAAGUACUCAAUAUGUAUGUUACAAGACACUCAUUUCACAAAUAAGGAAGAAAAGUAUAUACGGUCCAUAUGGGGAUAUGAUACCUACUUUUCUUAUUUCAAUAGUCAAUCUCGGGGUGUUGCAAUAAUUUUGAUUGUAAAGUAAAUAAUAUCGAGAAGGAUAAUGAAGGUAAUUUGCUUAUUCUGAACUGUAAAAUAUGCGAUAAAGAUAUCACUCUAUUAAAUAUUUAUGGACCAAAUAGAGACAACCCAAAUUUUUAUGAGAUGGUUUCAGAGAAAAUGUCACAAUUCAAUAAUACUUUAUAUAUUCUUGCUGGAGAUUUAAACAUGGUACUUAAUCCAGAUAUAGAUUGUUUUAAUUACUUACACUUAAACAAUCCAAAUGCACGUGAUAAGCUACACAGUUUAAUGUCAGAGUUUAACCUAAUGGAUUGCUGGAGAGAAAAU